AUGCCGCAGCACCAACCAACUGUGAUGGAACCUGCUCUCAGCUGCAACAGUGGCAAUGGUAAAGGCAACUGUGACUAUGAUGUCAUAAGCUGGUUUGAAGAUGUAUCUCAGAACGCUGGUUAUGUUCAGACUCAGUUGCUGUGCCAGAUUCUGAAGCAAAACUAUGGGGUGGAAUAUCUCAAGAAAUGGUUGGGGAACUACAAUAUCCUUGAGAUGGACGCAUGUGCAUUAGAAUCCCUUUUCUCUUCUGUGGUUCCCAUUUCCUCCCAUGCUGACUUUGAGCCAUUUAUCCAAAGGAUUGCAGAUGGGGACACUGGUCCUUUACUCACUCAACAACCCAUAACCACUCUUUCCUUAAGUUCUGGAACAACAGAGGGAAGGCAGAAGUUCGUACCCUUUACCCGCUACAGUGCACAAACCACGCUUCAAAUAUUCACCCUAGCAGCAGCCUAUAGAUCAAGGGUUUAUCCAAUAAGGGAAGGGGGAAGGGUCCUUGAAUUCAUAUACAGCAGCAACCGGUUCAAAACAAAAGGAGGUUUAGCAGCAGGAACCGCCACAACACACUACUAUGCUAGUGAAGAAUUCAAAAUCAAGCAGCAUAUGACCAAGUCAUUUACUUGCAGCCCUCAAGAAGUGAUUUCUGGUGGAGACUACAAACAAUCCACUUAUUGCCACCUCCUUCUUGGCCUCUUCUUCUCUGACCAAGUGGAGUUUAUCACCUCAGCUUUUGUCUACAGCAUGGUGCAAGCUUUCAGCAGUUUUGAAGAACUUUGGAGAGAAAUUUGCAAUGACAUCAGUGAUGGCACUCUUAGUUCUAGGAUCAAGUCACCAAACAUGAGAAAGGCUGUUUUGGACAUCAUCUCUCCAAGCCCAGAUUUGGCUUCAAAGUUGGAAACUGCUUGCCACGAGCUCGAAGUGGUGGAGUGGUUUGGUUUAAUUCCUAAACUUUGGCCAAAUGCUAAGUAUGUGUACUCCAUAAUGACAGGGUCCAUGCAACCAUAUUUGAAAAAACUUAGGCAUUAUGCAAAUGGGUUGCCUUUGGUUAGUGCUGAUUAUGGCUCAACUGAGAGCUGGAUAGGGGUUAAUGUUGAUCCUAGUUUACCACCAGAAGAUGUAACAUUUGCUGUGGUUCCUACUUUCUCUUACUUUGAGUUCAUACCACUUCACAGGCAUGAAAACAAAUUCUGUUCAGGAGCUGAUGAUUUCAUGGAGGAUAAGCCAAUUCCACUGUCUCAGGUUAAAGUUGGACAAGAGUAUGAAGUAGUCCUCACAACUUUCACUGGGCUGUACAGGUGCAGGUUAGGGGAUGUGGUGGAAGUGGGUGGUUUCCACAAUGGGACCCCAAAGUUGAACUUUGUGUGCAGAAGAAAGCUAAUUCUGACGGUAAAUAUAGACAAGAACACAGAAAAGGACCUUCAGCUAGUGGUAGAGAGGGGGUCCCGUAUUCUGAACAAGGCAAAAGCAGAGCUGGUUGAUUUCACAAGCUAUGCAGAUGUCUCAAAGCAACCAGGGCACUAUGUGAUUUUCUGGGAGAUCAAAGGGGAGGUAGAGGACAAGAUCCUUGCUGCAUGUUGCACUGAAAUGGACAAAUUGUUCAUGGAUCAUGGCUAUGUGGUGUCAAGAAAAACCAACUCAAUAGGGCCCUUAGAGCUUUGCAUUUUGGAGAGUGGAACUUUUAGGAAGAUUUUGGACAACUUCAUAGCAAAUGGGGCAGCCUUGAGCCAAUUCAAGACCCCCAGGUGCACCAAUAAUCGUGCCCUCCUUAAAAUUCUAAACACGUGCACCACCCAAAAGUUUCGUAGCACAGCUUACAACACUUGA